AUGGCCAUGACCGGAGGGACGGCAGCCGCCCUCCCGAUGAGCAACCACACCCGAGAAAGGGUAACGGUGGCCAAGUUGACGCUGGAGAACUUCUACAGCACGCUGCUCACCCAGCACGAGGAGCGCGAGAUGAGGCAGAAGAAGCUGGAAAAGGCCAUGGAUGAUGAAGGUUUGCUGGAUGAGGAGAAAGUAAUGCGUCGCUCACAACACGCUCGCAAAGAAACAGAGUUUUUACGCUUGAAGAGGACACGACUGGGGUUGGAUGACUUUGAGUCCCUUAAAGUCAUCGGACGUGGUGCUUUUGGAGAGGUGCGUUUGGUCCAAAAAAAGGACACCGGGCACAUUUACGCCAUGAAAAUUUUACGGAAAGCGGACAUGCUGGAGAAAGAGCAGGUUGCUCAUAUCCGGGCCGAACGAGAUAUUCUCGUGGAGGCAGACGGCGCCUGGGUGGUGAAAAUGUUUUACAGCUUCCAGGAUAAACGGAACCUCUACCUCAUCAUGGAAUUCCUGCCCGGAGGCGACAUGAUGACGCUGCUGAUGAAGAAGGACACCCUGUCCGAGGAGGCCACGCAGUUCUACAUUGCCGAAACGGUGCUGGCCAUCGACUCCAUUCACCAGUUGGGCUUCAUCCACCGAGACAUCAAACCGGACAACCUGCUGCUCGACUCCAGGGGACAUGUCAAGUUGUCUGAUUUUGGCUUGUGUACGGGACUUAAGAAAGCCCACCGCACUGAAUUUUACAGGAACCUGACACACAACCCGCCUAGCGACUUUUCCUUUCAAAACAUGAACUCGAAGCGGAAAGCAGAAACCUGGAAGAAAAACCGGAGACAGCUGGCUUACUCCACAGUGGGCACACCGGACUACAUCGCUCCAGAAGUCUUCAUGCAAACAGGCUACAACAAGCUGUGUGACUGGUGGUCAUUGGGAGUCAUUAUGUACGAGAUGCUGAUAGGCUAUCCGCCUUUUUGUUCGGAGACGCCGCAGGAGACGUACAGGAAAGUAAUGAACUGGAAGGAGACACUCGUGUUUCCCCCCGAAGUCCCCAUUUCGGAGCGAGCUAAGGACAUGAUAUUGCGGUAUUGCACUGAUGCCGAAAACCGAGUCGGCGCAGGCAGCGUGGAAGAAAUCAAAAGCCAUCAGUUUUUUGAGUCUGUUGACUGGGAACAUAUCAGAGAACGCCCUGCCGCCAUCUCCAUUGAAAUCAAAAGCAUCGACGACACCUCCAAUUUUGAUGAUUUCCCAGAGUCGGACAUCCUCCAACCAGCUAAUACAACAGAACCUGAUUUCAAGUCCAAGGAUUGGGUGUUCCUCAACUACACUUACAAACGCUUCGAGGGCUUGACUCAACGAGGCACCAUCCCCACGUACAUGAAGCCCGGUAAAGCCUGA